AUGGCCACAAAGACACAAAAGGUUCAAGCCCGCGACUCCUGGUUCGGACGCAAAAACAACCACGCCGCCGCCGCCAAUGCCGGCAUCAAGGUUGACAAUGCCUUGCAUCAAGACAUGCUUCAAGCCGCCCAACCCAAGGUCUCCAAAGCUUAUCCAGUCUACACCUCUUCGAUCGGUCAUGGUACUUAUCCUUUCUUGACCCGACCCCAGACGGCGGCGUCGGCUGCUGAAACGAGUGCACCUCCUGCGUCGGGACCCCAUGACCCCUUGGCGACGAUGGUUCAGCCUGUUCAGACGGCGGGUGAGCCUCAGUUCAGGUAUGGGGUUGUGAUGGAUGAUAACCGUCAUCGCCCUAUGAAAAGUAAUAAGCGAGCUCAGGAAAAUGAGACCGAGCGUGUGACUGAGAAGGCUGAAGUGGAGGAUGAGGGCGAUGAAGAAGAAGAUGAUGAAGAGGACGACGAUGAUGAUGAUGACAAUGAUGAGGAUGAGGAUGAGGAUCAAGAGGCAGAGGCAGAGGGAGAUGGCAAAUUCCAUAUCCUUCCAAUUCUGAAAAAGUUUCGGCGUGCGUUGCAGGCCGGCGAGGACUACGAGGACUACGACGGCCACGAGGACGACGAGUACGAGAAUGAGUUUGUGGACAAGCCCGAGACCAAAUACGCCUACCGCCAACCCUCACUCGAUUAUGACGGCGAGUUCGUGGACGAUAUCGCCAGUACCAGCGCUACCCCCGGCAGUCCUCAUCGAAAGAAGAAGCACCCCGAGGAAAGAGACGAGAUGGGUCCAGUUCGUCCCGAGAGUCACCUGAAUCGCGCCUUGCACCAUAUCCUUCACAAGACUAGCCCCACUGAUGAGAUUGUUGUCGAGAAGCGAUCGAUACCAGUUGAGGAGAAUGCAGAGAAGCACCAACAUACCGCCGCCCAGGAGACACUUCUUCACCAGGCUGAGCAAGUUUUCUACGACACUCAAGGGACUGCCGACCGUCUCAACGUCCAGGCCGCCCGUGCUGCCAAGGAGACUAUCGAUUACGGCUUGAACCAUCCAGAUAUCAACAUCAACAACAAGAAGCGCGGCUGGUUCGACUUCGGUAAUAGGAGUAACAUGCAGGAUAGGCGGUCGAUCGUCAAGGAUGCUGCGGACAAGAUUCACAAUGCCAAGGAAGCCGUAUAUCAUGCCGUUUCUUCUGCCUCGCAAUCCGUCCAUGAUUCUCAAGAGGCCGCCCACGACGCUGCUGCUCGAUCCCUCCAUGAUUCCCAAGACGCUGCAUACAAGGCUGCUGCCUCGGCAUCCAAGGCCUUCCACGACAAGCAGGACACAGCCUACAACGCUGCCGCAAAGUCUAUCCACGACUCUGAAGAUGCUGUCCUCAAUGCCGCCCACGUCGCUCAAGAUUCGAUCCAUGACACCCAACACGCCGCCUACAAGGCCGCCUCGGCCGCCCAGAAAUCUGAGAUGCAAAAUCUUGAGAACCUGCAGAGCACCAAGGAUGGCGUUCUGAAGAGUAUUGUGCAUGCCAAGGAUGAGGCCUGGAAGUCGUCGUCGUCUCAUAUCCCUGAAGUCAUCGGAUCCACUUUAUUGGAUGCCAAACUUGCUGUUCAGUCGACACUUGACCGCCGUGCCCAAGAUGCGAAGCGGAACUUGGAGGAGCUCACCGCUGAGGCCCAACAGGCUGCCAUCGAGGCUGAAAGGGUUGCAGAGGAGGCCCACAAGCUUGCGGGGAAGAAGGCCACCGAGGCCCAGAAGCUGUUCGAGAAGUCGUCCAAGCAGGCCGAGGAGAGUGUCUACAAGCAGACCGAGGAGGCCCACAAGGCUGCAGAGCGCAAGCAGCACGAACUCGAAAUCUCUGCCAAGGAGGCCACCAAACUUACCGAGAAGCUCCGUGCUGAGGCUGAUGCUCAACUAGCCGCCGCAAAGCUCGAGGUCAAGAAGCGUGAGGCUGAGAUCGAUGCUGCUGCAAAGAAGCGCCAGGCCGAGAUUGAGGAGGCUACCCGAGUUGCUGCUCAGAAGGUUGAGGAAGUCCACGCCGCCAGGGCCUUGAAGGAGCGGCUGUUGAAGGAGGAAGCCGAUCGUGAGGCCGAGGAGAAGGCAAAACUCGCCCGCCAAGCCGCCGAGAAGAAGGAACAGGCCAAAGUCGAAGCCCAACGCCUCGCCGCCCAGAAGGCCGCCGCCGCAAAGAUCGAGGCUCAACAAAAGAAGGACGCCGAGGCCCAAGCCGCCUUGGAAAAGAAGCACGCUGCCCUUCGAGAAGCCGAGUUCCAGAAACAAGCCAUCAAGAUCGCCAAUGCAGAAGCCGCAGCCAAGAAGAAACGCGAUUACGAGGCAUCGUUGAUCGAAAAGGAGAUCUUGGCCAAGAAGCUCGCCCUUCAAGCCAAGCUCGACAAGGAGGCCAAAGCUCACCAGGCCCGCAUCGAUGCUGAGAACAAGAAGCACCAGGUCGCUGUCAAGUUGGCCGAGGCCAAGAUCGCCGCAGAGGAGAAGGUCGCCAAGGCUAAACUCGCGGCAGCCGAGAAGGCAGCCGAGGCCCAGGCCAAGAAGCAACGCGAGGCUGACAAGAAGGCUGCCGCGGCUGCGGCAAAGAGGGAGGCAGCCGAGGCCAAGAAGCGACAGCAAGAGUUGUCGAAACGCGAGGCUGAGCUAGCAAAGGCUACCAAGGCCAAGGCAGAGGCUGAGCGGUUGGCGCAUGAUGCUGUCCUGAAGUCUAAGCUUGCCGAGCAUGCGGCCAAAGUUUAA